UCCUCUCCACGGUCGCCCCGCCGAGCAUCCUGCCUCUGCGCUUUUGAACCCGCGGCGGGAAAGGGGCGCGCCUGCGCACUGAGCUCCCCGUUGGCGUGAGGGCGCUCGCCCUCCGCCCUCGGGGGACCAUUCAUUCGUUCGUUCAUUGUCUCAUUCAUUCACUGCCCGCUGGGUUGGCUCCCAGCCGCCCUCGGUCGGUCCGGUCGGUUUGAGCGGGGCGGUGGGACAGCCUCCCCGGCGAGCGAUUUCCUCCCGGGUCUGCUCGGGUCAAACCGCCGUCGCUCCCUCCCCCACAGCGGCGGGCGAGCGGGCGAGCCCCGGCCAGCGACGCCCGCCCCCGCCCCCCCCCCAGGCUGUUCUUUGGACGCGGGGGUAUUUUUAAAUGUUUUUUUCCUGUGAGGGCCGUAGGUGUUGGUUGUUGAGUGAGUGGCUUCACCCUGUCUCACACGGUUGUGGUUCUCACAGCGGCUGCGCCCCCGCCCCGCGGACAUGACUCGGUAGCCGGCAUCGCCCAUCCCGGUUGUGCGUGCUGGAAGCUUCCUCACCGGGUGCCGAGAUGGAGGAGCCCAUGGCGUUCUCUCCCCUGCGUGGCGCCGACAGGAGUCCCGCCGACGACUCCUUAAAAAAAUAUGAGCAGAGUGUUAAACUCUCAGGCAUUAAAAAAGACAUUGAGAAGCUUUGUGAAGCUGUACCUCAGCUUGUCAAUGUGUUCAAAAUUAAGGACAAAAUUGGAGAAGGCACCUUCAGCUCUGUCUAUUUGGCCACGGCACAGCUGCAAGUAGGCCACGAAGAGAAGAUUGCCCUGAAGCACUUGAUUCCAACAAGCCACCCUGUAAGAAUCGCAGCAGAGCUCCAGUGUCUGACCGUUGCGGGGGGGCAAGACAACGUCAUGGGAGUUAAGUACUGCUUCCGGAAGAACGACCAUGUGGUUAUUGCCAUGCCAUAUCUGGAACAUGAGUCGUUUUUGGACAUUUUGAAUUCUCUCUCCUUCCAAGAAGUACGGGAGUAUAUGUUUAAUCUCUUCAUAGCUUUAAAACGGAUUCAUCAGUUUGGUAUUGUUCACCGUGAUGUGAAACCCAGCAACUUUUUAUACAAUAGACGCCUGAAAAAGUAUGCCUUGGUGGACUUUGGUUUGGCCCAAGGAACCCAUGACACAAAAAUAGAACUUCUCAAGUUUGUCCAGUCUGAGGCUCAGCAGGAAGAUUGCUCACGGAGCAAGUACCAAGGAGUCACUGGACACAAGAGCUCACUGAGUCGCCCAGCUCCUAAAAAUCUGGAUCAGCAGUGUGCCGCAAAAACUUCUGUCAAAAGAUCCUACGCCAACACACAAAUUCACAUUAAACAAGGGAAAGACACAAAGGAGGGAUCUGUAGGCCUUUCUGCUCAGCGCUCUGUUUUUGGAGAAAGAAAUUUCAAUAUACACAGCUCCAUUUCACAUGAGAGCCCUGCAGAGAAACUCAUAAAGCAAUCAAAGACUGUGGACAUAAUCUCAAGAAAGCCAGCAACAAAAAAGACGGCCGUGUCUACAAAAGCUGUGGCUAGUGUGACCAUGUCUACGAAAGCUGUGGCUAGCGUGAUGAGGAAAACCACCAGUCCGAGCCCGGCUGUCCUGACGUGCGACUGUUAUGGAACAGAUAAAGUCUGCAGCAUUUGCCUGUCAAGGAGGCAGCAGGUUGCCCCUCGGGCAGGCACACCAGGAUUCAGAGCACCAGAGGUCCUGACAAAGUGUCCUAACCAAACCACAGCCAUUGACAUGUGGUCUGCAGGUGUCAUACUCCUCUCCCUGCUCAGUGGGCGGUACCCAUUUUACAAGGCCAGCGAUGAUUUAACCGCUCUGGCUCAAAUCAUGACAAUUCGAGGAUCCAGGGAAACUAUCCAGGCUGCUAAAGCUUUUGGCAAAUCAGUUCUGUGUAGCAGAGAGGUCCCAGCACAAGACUUGAGGAAACUGUGUGAGAGACUAAGGGGUCUGGACCCCACCAUUCCCAAGUUAGCAGUUGAUUCACCAGGGGGCGCCUCUCUAGAGAACGCUGACCAUAGAGCUGCUUCCUGGGGACAGCCGCCUCCAGCACAGCACUCCGAGGGUUCCUCGUGGAAAGGGGACAGCGAUGACUGUGGGAGUCGGCCCAGGGAGUGCACAGCCAACUUGGAAGGCUGGGACGCAGUACCUGAUGAAGCCUAUGACCUGCUUGACAAACUUCUGGAUCUAAACCCAGCUUCAAGGAUAACAGCGGAGGCAGCCUUAUUGCAUCCUUUCUUUAAAGAUAUGAGCUCCUGAGGUGGUUUUCCAUUUGCCUUCACUGCUGUGUGUUGUGAGGUGGGGUAGAUAAUCACAGGUUCUUGUUGCAUCCAAGUCCAGGGAAGGAUGAAUAACUUAUUUUAAAGUUACAGUAUUUGCUGUGAUGUCAGAUUGUAUGCACAUGGGGGAUUAUUCAAGAUCCAGGGGGAGGCCUCUGUGUGAUCUUGGAGUUAAACCACCAAUUAGAGUCAGAUCUUUUGGUCCCUGGUUUUCCCUGCUUCCAGAGCAGCCUUAGCCUGACGCACGGGUUCAAGGAACAGAAAUGACAGGGAGCAAAUGAGUGGAAGAGACUGCAGAUGUGUGUGGUCUGUGCUGUGUGCACGUGGAGCUGCUCUUGCUGGUGUGUAGGAGAGACAGCGGUCUUUCCUAUAGGUUGCCUAUAAACACAAACAAUUACUGCAGGCAUGUAGGGGGUGACACCACUUAAUACCGGCAUGUCUUGUAAGUGACACGGUGCUUACUGCACAGUUUCUGGUUCUCCGUUAGGUGCAUUUGUUUGUAUUGGGAACCUAAUACUGCCCAUAUUGUUGACGAGGCAGGAGUGUUUCUUUCUCUCGUACAGCUGCUUUUUCACACUAUCUUAGUUUAUUUAAUUAGGUGAUUGCGCAGGGCAAGGUGAGGGUACCACUGGGAACGUUUCGGGUUUUGUCUGCUGGGAGUGCCCAGACUUCUGCAUUUCUGACCUAAGUUGACCUUGCUCAGAGAGGAGUGGCUACUGCACUGUCAGGUGGGUUGGGAGGGAAGAUAAUGACGUAGACCAAGUAGCAAAGGGUUUGCACGGCUUCCCAGGGGUCAGGAGGACAGACUUGCCGAAGAGUUCCCCUCGUACAAUCACAGCUCAUCAGUAUAUUCACUUUCCUGUUUUGAACCCUGAUAGAUCAAUGUGUGUACACACUUUGUCUCAUGCUGUAUUUUUUUUAAGCUUGAAUGUUUUGGGUCUAUGUAUUUAAUAAUAAACAUUUCCUUUUAGAUUCUUA